CACACUCCCCCUCGCUUACCUACCCCCUCUCACCACACUACCCCACUGUCCCAUCCGAUGACUCUUCAAGCGCUUCUCACUCCCCGUUUUUACUCGAUUCAUAUAUCAAAAAUACGGGAUCCUUUCCAUCAAUUCCAAGAGUCUCAUAACUCCGGCCUGAUGGUCUAG